CACAUUUCAUUGUACGCAUUCGGUGCCUUGUGUGUGCAGUACUGACCCGCCGCAGGCAUGGAGGGAUCCGGGGACGAGUUCAUGAAAUACCGCUCACCUCUGGUGUCUCGGUACGCCAGCAAAGAGAUGGCUUAUAACUUCAGCGACAGGAAAAAAUUCACAACAUGGCGAAAACUUUGGCUCUAUCUCGCCAAAGCUGAGAAGGAUUUGGGUCUGCCUAUAACCGAAGCCCAGGUGAACGAGAUGGAGUCUCACCUGGAUGACAUUGACUUUGUUGUGGCUGCUGAAGAGGAGCGAAAGUUGCGGCAUGAUGUCAUGGCUCAUGUGCACACAUUCGCCAAGUGCUGCCCCACUGCUGCUCCCAUAAUUCACCUGGGCGCCACUUCCUGUUAUGUAGGAGACAAUACGGAUCUUAUAAUGCUGCGUGACGGAUUUGAUAUUCUCCUGCCAAAGCUGGCUCGUGUGAUUGACAGGUUGGCGGACUUUGCGGAGAAAAAUGCUGACCUACCGACUUUGGGUUUCACUCACUUUCAGCCUGCUCAGCUGACUACGGUCGGGAAGCGUGCGUGUCUCUGGCUGCAGGAUCUGGUCAUGGACAUGCGUAACCUACAGCGUGCUCGAGAUGACCUGCGUUUUCGGGGGGUCAAAGGAACCACGGGCACUCAGGCCAGUUUCCUACAGCUCUUCCAAGAGGAUCACGAUAAGGUGGAAGAGUUGGAUAGAAAGAUCACAGAGAUGGCUGGAUUUAAAAAAUCGUAUUUGGUGACCGGUCAGACAUACACUCGUAAGGUGGAUAUCGACUCGCUCAGUGUGCUGGCCAGCCUGGGAGCUACAGUACACAAGAUUUGCACUGAUAUCCGUCUCUUAGCUAAUCUGAAAGAGAUCGAGGAGCCAUUUGAAAAAGAGCAGAUUGGCUCCAGUGCAAUGCCGUAUAAGAGGAAUCCCAUGAGGGCUGAACGCUGCUGUAGUCUCGCUCGCCACCUGAUGGCGCUGGUGUCAGAUCCCUUGCAUACAUUAUCUGUGCAGUGGCUUGAAAGAACCUUGGACGACAGCGCUAACCGGAGAAUCUCUCUACCCGAGUCCUUCCUCACUGCUGACAUCAUCCUCAGCACCCUGCAGAACAUCACUGAAGGACUGGUGGUCUAUCCUAAGGUGAUUGAGAGGCAUAUUCGUCAUGAGCUGCCCUUCAUGGCCACUGAAAACAUCAUCAUGGCCAUGGUGAAAGCUGGAGGAAACAGACAGGACUGUCACGAAAAGAUCCGAGUGCUUUCCCAGCAGGCUGCAGCUGUGGUCAAACAAGAAGGGGGAGAUAAUGACCUGCUGGCUCGGGUUCAAGCUGAUCCAUAUUUCACCCCCAUACUUGGUCAGCUAGAUGCCCUUUUGGACCCCAAAACCUUCAUCGGUCGAGCUCCACAACAGGUUGCAAGAUUUUUGUCUGAAGAAGUCAAACCUGUUUUAGAGCCAUACAAAAGUAAAAUGGAUGUAAAGAUUGAACUUGAAUUAUGAGACAUGAACAAAGACUUUACGGCUGACACAUCAACGCUGUAUGACGAUGAAUAAAUGUUUUGCUGAUCAUCUUUUUUAUGCUCCUAUAGUAAUCUUAAAGCGCAAACAGUAUUAUGUGACACACAUACACAAUUAUGUGAUGAUAACAAAGGUCUCUAGGUUUCCAUGGCAGUUAAUAACUUUAUUGACUGCUAUUAAAUUAAUGAGGGAGAAGGGCAACAGAUUAUGCACUUAUUUAUAGGUGUAUGGUCAUACCCAUGCAUCACUGUGGUACUGUACAUCAUGAGCAAGUAGUCAUAGUGCAUCAUUUUACAGAAGGUCACUGUACUGUUGUAAAUGUCCCAAGGCAGAAGAGUGUAUUUUCAAUGGACUGGGUUGAAAUUUAUGGACCCUAAAUGGCUCGUGUGGUUGUGGAAACUUUUGUCAUAAAGUCAUAAAUCAAUGGCACUGGCACAAAGUCCACAGGCACACGUGGUUUGAAGCGAGCAACAGUAAGCUACCGUAUUAACCUGAAAAACAUCAUCUUGUACCUGUAAUAAUGCUUUUCAUAUUCCCUUUGAAUUUGUGAAAUUAAAACAAUAGAAAAUAAA